GCUGUCAGUCAGUCGGAAGUUGAAUCUGCCACGUCGAAGACAGAACGAGGUUCGGUUGGAGUUAGACAGCGGAGUGUAACGGAGGAUCGCGAGGGGUCGACAUGGCCGUAUCUGGCUAAUUACAACAUCAAAAUGGAAGCUUGUGAGACGUUUGAAACGGACGACAUACUUGAGGAUGAGUGGUACGAAAAUGAUCUGCAGUUGGCGGCGGAGUUGGGUAAGGCGUUGCUGGAGAGAAACCGAGAGUUGGAGUCCCAGGUGGUCGCCCUGCAUCAGACCAACCAUGAACAAGCACUGGAAGUACAGUUCUAUGCCAAGCAGCUUGAGACUGUGCGGCUGACGAACGAGUCCCGGAUGAGAGUGUACGAGGACCUCGACAGGUCGUCACAGGAGCUGGAGAAGACGAAUCAAAAGCUAUUGUCCCAGUCCAAGUCCGACAAGGAGAAGAUCGACAGAUUGAGCAACACUGUGGAGCUUUUGGACUUCAGGGUGGAGGAACUCCUCAAGAAGAUUGACGAGAUGAAAGCUGUAGAAAGACUCACAAAGAAACAGGAAUCACGCCGUGCCCUGAGUUUAGCCAGCCUCAAUGAAACAACCGAGACCAAGAAGGGGUAUUACCUGGAGAACUUGUCCUGGACUUACAAUGAAAAACUCAAGAAUCUACCCAUGAAUCCCUAUGAACAAGAGAUACGGCGACUUCAAGAAACUGUCCAGCAUGUGAAAAGUUUGAAAUCUAUAGAGAAGCACAAGAGGGAGGAUGUGGAACUAGAGAACUCUAUUGUCAUUCAGGAAAAUCAAAUCUUGGAGAGAAGAAUAGCAUCGCUCGAAGAACGUGUGUCACAAAUCAAAAGUUUAGAGGCUGAACUGUUGGAAGCCAAUGACCGUUGUGCUAAGAUCCUUUGCUGGAGCUGUGACCGCAGUGUGGAGGAUGUGGAGUCUCAGUAUCACAUUCUGAAGGAGAUUGAACACGACCACCCAGAGCUGAAGACGCCUGGCAAGGCUGUGAAGCUGGGUGGUGGAGGCAGCCUUUAUGGCAGCUCCGAGUCAAUCAGCAAAGUGGCUGUGGAUGCUACAGAGAUUCUGGAGAGAGACGCAGAUGACUCGGGACUGUCUAUUCUGGAUGAACUGGAGACACAGUACAAGAACCUAUUUCAGAAAUAUGAGGCAGUGAUCAAAGCGAAAAGACAGACCGGCGAGUCUGAGGAGACUGCGGAGGAGAGGAUGCGGAAGAGGCUAGCCAAUAAGGAGGUUCAGACUCUCCUAAACCUCACCUUCACGAAGGAUUAUACCCAGGACACAGGACAACCUGCACCCUACAAGGUGUUGUUCAAGGAACUGUUCGCAACUCUCAGGAAAUCGAGAAUAGAAGAAGCAGCGGAGAAGCUUUCACCCGGAUCCACUCCCACCUCCACGCCCGCCUCCACGCCCGCCUCCACGCCGGAUGGCACGGAUGAUAAGAACACUCAGACUUUCAUGUAGAUCUGAUCGUGAAAUGAAGCCUUCACACAACGUCUACCGUUACUGACACACUGCAAUAAUAGUCUAUACAGUACCCUGUCGUUUACAUGGACACCCUUAUAGUGGUGUUGAGGUUGGACCUGACACAGCCAAUCAGGAUUAAGAGUAUUCCACUUCUCUGAUUGGUGGUGUUGAGGUUGGACCUGACACAGCCAAUCAGGAUUAAGAGUAUUCCACUUCUCUGAUUGGUCAGUGACCGCAUUCAGGGUCGCUGAUUGGUCAGACUGGUGGCAAUCUCGGAUUAGUGUGAUGUCGUUCCUGUUCUCAGAUUAGUCAUUCUGUUUCGCUGAUUGUCAGAGUCAGGGUAUUUCACGUCAAUGAUUGGUCAGUGUGAGGGUAAUCCUCAUCGCUGAUUGGUCGGUGAAUAUAUGCAGCAUCGCUGAUUGGUCAGAGUGGGAGAAUCCACUUCACUGUUUCCACAGUGUCAGAGGAUCCCGCACGCCCGUCCUGUGGUCGAUGAGUGUGAGCGGUGGGUACAAGUCACUUAAUAUAUGCAUGUUCACUCUACUUCUUUAUUGGUAGAACGCAAGCCAUGGUAGCUUGCUAACUAUGGAGACGAUGGCCAGAUCUACAACCCAAUGAGAUUUAUAUUUUAGUACCCAGUAUGCACUGCAAUGUCAACCCCAUGAGACCUCGCAUAACACAACCAUACUUCCAUUCAUUUCAAUCGAAACGUAUUUCAAAGUUGACUGACUUUUCGUCCAUGUCUGCAUUAUCAAAGAAUCUUUCAAAAUUGUGUCUCCUAAGUUAAUAGACAAGGAUUUGUGACAGUUCAGAUUAUUCUGUUUUGUGUUAUGGGUUUUUUCGAUUUGUAUUCGAAUGUAUUACCAUUUUAAUCUUUGAUGGCAUUUUUUUCAAAUACUCUCAAAUCACACACUAGGCAUGUCACACGUGUCAGAAACGAAGAACAUUUAUCGUGCAUGGUAAGGGAGGCAACUCAUUCUCAUUACAAUGUCUCCCUCAACAACGUACUUCACCACAAUGUUAGACGGGGUGUCCUUCACCUCGAGCCAGACACACGAUUUCUUACCUCACUGCCACACACGGUGACAAAUCCACGGUCACAUAUACCUUGAGGCUAGUCUUCCCAUGAAAAGCCAAAUAUUGAGAUUCCUAUCUCCUAGUAUUGCCUCUAGAUACUAUUUACCUAUUUAUUCUUAUUUUAUCACCUUGACUGACGCAGCUUACGCCAGCUGUGGUAACCUCAGCCCUGUGCGGCUCCCAAUAAACGAGUCACAAGUCAAUAUGAAAAUCGUUUAUGGGCAUCAGCACAGGGAUGCAGUUACCGCAGCUAAGCUAUGUUAAUGCUUAAUGCUUAGCAGUGUAACCUGUCAUUGCUUCACCAUCGUCUCAUUUCCAUUAUCAAAACACGUGGGGUAACAGUAUCUAUUUAGACUCGACUCUGUUGACAAUUUUGUUGGUUAAAAGGCGCUUGCCGUUCUUUCAAAGGGAGAUAAUCCGGUCACCAAUUGUAAGGUUCUCAGUGAUGGUGUUGGCGGUAAUAUGUGUCGCACCUGUACCGGCUGUCGUUGUUAUACUUGUGUACAGCAGUAAUUGUGAAUAAUAUUUCAUGUAAAAUAUGUAACAAUGUUAACAAUGUUAAAAAAUUACCAGGACCAUGAUAAUAUAUACUUCCAAUAAUUAUAAAUUAAGUAUAGCUUGUUUGUCACAAAUUACCUCCUUCGUGAGAUUGUAUAUUUUGUUAAAUUGAAACUUUGUCUCUGACUUCCAACUGUGUUUAAUGUGAUAAUAUUCCGAACGUUGUAGUAAUUGUUGUAUUUAUUUACCAGCAUUAUCUACUAAUUCAAACACUUCCCUUGACAGGCCAAAGAGGAAUCCCACUCACAAAGGUCACAUCCGAAUGCCUUCUUCGUGUGCAUCUAAAUUGAAAAUCAAAUAUAUUUGUGAUUAAAUCAAAUCAAAACUGA